AUGCUGAAGGCCACUGUGAGGCCGCGGCCCAUCUAUGUGCACUUGCUCGCGGCAUGCCUCGUAGGACUCGGCAUGCAAGCCUUUGCUGGCUUUCCUCGCUUGCAGUCCCAUCAAGAAUCCCGGACAGGGGCAUUGCGGCAAGCAGUUCCCAUGACCGGAAGUUCAGGCGGAAAGGGCGGUGUGCUCCAGGCCUUCUUUAUGGGCAAGCGGGUGGAUUGGUCGCCGGCGCUCGACGUGGCAAGCAAGGCGGUGGAAGUGGGCGGCGAGAUGCCCUUGGGGGUCCGCUUCGAGCGCCGAGAAGACGGUGCCUUUGUCAUCACUGAAAUCAUCGGUGGUGGAUCUGCUUCUGUGGGGGAGCUGGAUGUACAAGUUGGAAACAUCAUCCAUGCGGUUAGCUGCUCCGUGGGAGGCAAGAAAGAGAUAACGAGCGCCUUCGAGGUUGAUUCCAUUGACAAGAUGUCCCAAGCGAUCCUGUCCAACGAGGAUGAGAGGGUCCAGAUGUUAGUCGAGAAGCCAGAUGAGGGUGCCGCUGGCUCCAUCAGCUUCUUGACCGACGUGGCGACGAAGUUCUGA